CGGCAGAGAGAGUGACAGAGACGCAGAGGCAACGAUGGAAAAAUCAACUGACACAAACUGAAAUAAAAAUAAAAAUACAUUCAGGAAGAUUGUGACCGGGACCAGGACCUUCUGACCCAAAACGGGACCGGCACGAGGGGGGACUGAACUACGAUGGACUAUGAACCCAAGAAAUCCAAGAAGGGUUUUGUGUCUCCUAUCAAGCGGUUGGUCUGGUCAAAGUCUGGACGCCGGCCGGUGGAUCGAGGCAGCGUUUACCGGCGCCCGCUGCACACCGUCCCUCUCUACCCCCCAGACUACCUCAUCCACCCAGAGAGACUCAUCUUUGACUACAUAGAGAAGGAGGUCAAGUUCCUCGGUCACCUGACGUGGGUUUCGGUUUCACUGAAUCCAUCCAGUCGAGAUGAGCUGCUGCAGCUGCUGGACACAGCCAGGCAGCUGAAGGUGCUGCCGCUGAAGACCAGUGUGGAUCAGGACUGUAUCCUGAGUCUGUCCGCUCGCUGUCUGCUGCUGACGUGGAGAGACAACGAGAAGCUGCUGGUGAGGAUUCCCACACACGAGAUCGCUGCUGCCUCCUACCUGAGAGACGACGCGCUGCACCUGCUGGUGCUCAAGACAGGUCUGAACGUGGACACAGUGGUGGCUGGAGACGACAGCCUGGACAGGAAGAAGCCAACGGGCGUAGAUGGCCGACGUCAAACCAUGAGCUGCAACGCCGACCCCCGGCCUGCAGGGGGCACCAUGGAGCGACGGCACACUAUCUGUGGAGUCGACUGGAGGCCCUCGCUGUCCAGGAGCAACCACGACAAAAACCAGAAUGUGGAUAGAGGCGGAGGAGGAGAAAGAGGAGGGGGAGAGAGAGGAGGGGGAGGGAGUCUGGAGAGGAAGAGAGUGGGAGGGAGCUGGGAGAGGAGGCAGCAGACACGUAAAACGGGAGGGAGCUGGGAGAACCGCAGAGCCAGGCCCAUGAGCGGGAGCUGGGGGGUGGGAGGAGGCGGCGGUGGUGCAGGGAGCUGGGAGAGGAGACAUGGGGGAGGAGGUGGUGGAGGAGGCGGGAGCUGGGAGAGGAGGGGAGGAGGUGGUGGUGGCGGGGGGAGCUGGGAGCGGCGGCAGGCCUGCACGGGGAGCUGGGAGCGGGGGAAGAGCUACGGCAGCUGGGAGAGAAGGAACCACAACCCGCUGGAGCCCACACCCUGCCCCGACGCCUACUGCAACCUGGUCAUCCUGGCUGUGGAGAACAGGGAUGCAGCAGAGGAGUACUGUUCUCUGAUCUGUCAGAUGUUCCAGAUCAUUUACGGCCAUCAGACCAUCGAGUGUGUGGACAGGGCGGGCUUUCACCACUCCGUGCCGGACCGCUACUGGCUGCCGAGGAGUGACAGCUGUCUCACUGACAUGUCCUACGGUUAUGAUCCAGAGUUCAGCUGCUGCAGCUCAUAUGAUGGGUCCCAGGAUGCCUUUGAGCUCUACUACAGUGAGACGUACAGUGAGAGUUCGUCUCUGUCGCUGCAGGACUCUCAUCGUAGUCUGGCCUCAGUCAGCGACCCGGGAGACAGUAACCCCGCCCUGCUGCUGAUGCAGGAGUACAUGAUCACCCUGCGUAACAAGCUGAGUCCGGUGGAGUUGCAGCACUUUGCUGUGUUGCUGAGAGAGUACAGACUGGGAUCAAACAUCGACCACUUCUGCACCGAGUUGCUGCAACUGUACGGAGACAACCGCAAGUUCCUGCUGAUGGGCAUGCGUCCCUUCAUCCCAGACAAAGACGUCGGGGUGUUUGAGAGUUUCCUGGAGAGCAUCGGGAUCCGGGAGGGAGGGAUUCUAACCGACAGCUUCGGACGCAUCAAACGUAGCAUGAGCAACACGUCGGCCACGGCCAUGAGAGGCAGGUAUGAUAACUGCUCUCUGGCUUCAGGAUCUCAGGAAUUCAACCGACGAAUCACCGACAUCACACACGACAUCCAGGCGCUCGGCUUCCAAGACACACAUGGAGACAUCGAGGAGGAGGACUACUACCUCUGAUUUAAUUCAUCUGACACCUGAGCAAGAGCAGCACACUUUAUCUUCAUGUUCUCUCCAUUACCAGACAAUAAACUGUAAAUACAAAUUACCUGGCAGAGGCAUCCUUCUUAAUGGUGUUUUAAAUGCAAUUCCUGCUCCGAGCACAUAAAAACAGCAAAUUAACCGAGUUUAAUGAGAGUUAAAUAAAGAAAAAACAAGAAAAUGCAUGUUUACUAAAUGCACAGCAAUAUUUAUUGUAGGAUUAGACACAUAAUGCACAACUGCUGCUAAAAUUUAAAUUAUAAAACCCAUCAACUUGUGUAUUUUCUAUCAUACAUACAUAUCAUCAUACAAAUGUUCCAAAAAUGUACCUGAAUAAAUCAGAAUUUUCUUACUGUGGAUAUAAUUUAACUCAAAAAUCAAUCAAAUCUCGACAAGAUUAUAUAAAACAAAACAAAAAAGGAAAGUUUUUCAGGAAAGGCAGUAAAGUUUUACAAAAGUCAUGAUAAGUCUUUAUAAAUCAAUAAUGGUCAUAAAUCAAUUAGAUCUUUAAAAUUUGAAAAUAUUACCAACAGAAUCAUUUUCAGAAUGAAUUGUCUGACGAUGUAAAUUGCUAACAGCAUU